UGAGCAACAAGUGUGCAUAUCCUCAACAUGAAGUAACUGGUUCCUUAUGGUGUAGAGGUUAUCACAGGAGUUCAUUUUGGACGUAAACACAACAGAAAGUGAUGAAAGCAUCAAUCGGAAAGAAGAACUCUCGAUUUCAUCACUUCAUGGUUCUUCUGAGCUCUGGAAGUGGUGAGCCUUAAGAUGAAACCACAGCGCCAUGUCUUCACCACCUUACCUCAAAGAUGGAUGCAGACCCAAAACAGAGUUCCGGUCCUCCUGGUUUUUAUUGCCUGCUCGUGUCUGCUGCCCUGCCCAGCACAGGCAGCGUGGUUUCAGGUCGGAGUGGUGGGACCGUGGGGGUGUGAUCCUCUCUUCGCCAAGGCCCUUCCCAGUGUGGCCGCACAGCUGGCCGUCAACCGCAUCAACAAGGACCCCGUGCUGUCCUACGCUGCAACGUUUGACUAUGUUGUUCUGCAGGAACCCUGUGGGACAUCAAGAGCUCUUGAGACAUUCAUCGGUUUCCACACCAAGGCUUCAGGAUACAUCGGACCAGCAAAUCCUGGCUACUGUGAUGCUGCUUCAAUGUUGAGCAAAGGCUGGAACAAAGCAUUGUUUUCUUGGGGUUGCGUUGGCUAUGAUUUUGAUGACGUUCGGAGCCACCCAACCUUUGCCCGCUCUGUGCCAAGGCCCACUUGGGUGCUGCUCAGCAUUAUAAAGUAUUUCAGGUGGGCCAACAUUGGCAUCAUCUCUUCCUCAGAGGACAUCUGGGUGGAGACGGCCACCAAGGUAGCUGAUUCUCUAAGGAGUCAUGGUCUGCCAGUCAGACUGGUCAGUUUAAUGGAAAACACCCCUCAUGCCAUAAGAAGAACUCUGUCCAAGAUCCACAAGAUGAGAGAAAUAAAAGUCGUGAUCCUCUGCAUGCACUCAGCGCUUAUCGGUGGUGUAGCCCAGAAGCUGCUCUUGGAGACGGCGUACGACAUGCAGAUGAUUGACGGCUCGCUGGUGUUCGUGCCCUACGACACCCUCCUCUACAGCCUGCCCUACCGCAACAUAUCCUACCCUGCAUUGAAGAGCAACAGCAAACUGCUGCGGGCCUAUGAUGCCGUGUUGACUGUCACCGUCGACUCACCCCAGGUGUCCUUCUACGAGGCUUACGGGGAGGCGAUGGAGAGGCGGGAGGUGGCGAGGACGCUGAAGCCACAGCAGGUGUCUCCUCUCUUCGGCACCAUUUACAACUCCAUAUUUGUCAUGGCUCAUGCGGUGCAUCAUGUCAGAAAGACUGGGGAGUGGAUGUCUGGAGGAAAUCUGGCAAGACGCACCAACAACCUGGCCUUCCAGGGUUUCAGCCAUCCCAUCAAAACCAACAGCUCUGGAGAAGUUCUGCUUGACUACCUCAUACUGGACACAGACGGACUUUCCUGGGAGCUGAAACCAACAUACAGGAUUGACAUGGAAGCUGGUAUGGUGCGUUUCCUUGGUCAAGACAUCCACUACCCACGUGGCUACGGACCCAGAGGGGACUCGUCAUGCUGGUUUACUCCUGGAGUCCUCUGCUCAGGAGGGGUGGACUUGUUCUCCACCAUCAGCAUGUUCAUUGGAGCGAUGUCCUUGUCUGUUUUUGCUGUGGCGUUUAUUUACUGCGUCAGGCGACGCAUAAAUCAGAUUCGCCUGGUCAGGGGUCCAAACAAGAUCUUGCUGACUCUGGAUGAUGUCACAUUCAUUAAUCCAUCUCUAAGCAUCAAGAAGUUUAGUCUGGAUGACAAGGCCAGCUUCAUGAGGAGUAUGUCAGACUGCAGCAUUGUCUCACCAGCCUCCACCCAAUCCCCGGCCACAUGUGAGAACUCCAAUAUCGUCAUUUACGAGGGUGACUGGGCGUGGUUGAAGAGACUUCCACACGGGAGAUUCAGCAGCAUCAACCCCAAAACCAGCCUUGUGUUCGAACUGAUGAAGGACUUGCGCCAUGAGAAUGUCAACCCUUUCCAGGGGUUCUUUCAUGACUGCGGCGUGUUCGCCAUCGUGACGGAGUUCUGCUCCAGAGGGAGUUUGGAGGACCUGCUGCUAAAUGACGACGUGAAACUGGACUGGAUGUUCAAGUCGUCUCUGCUACUGGAUUUGAUAAAGGGUAUGAGGUACCUCCACCACCGCGGGGUGUCCCACUCUCGUCUGAAGUCCCGUAACUGCGUUGUUGAUGGGCGUUUUGUCCUGAAGAUCACAGACUUCGGCUACAACGAGGUUCUGGAGGCUGAGAGGUUCCCUUACGUUGAACCGCCUGUAGACGAGCUGCUGUGGACGGCUCCGGAGAUCCUGAGGACCUACGGACAGCCGGGGCAUCAUGGGACUGUGCAUGGUGAUGUGUACAGCUUUGCUAUCGUCAUGCAGGAAGUGGUGGUCAGAGGGCCGGCGUUCUGUAUGCUGGACCUGUCUGCCAAAGAGAUAAUAGAGAAGCUGCGUAAACCUCCUCCGCUGUGUCGCCCGGUGGUCAGUCCAGAUUACGCUCCACUGGAGUGCAUCCAGCUGAUGAAGCAGUGCUGGAGCGAACAGCCGGACAAGAGGCCAUGCUUUGAGGAAAUAUUUGACCAGUUUAAGAACAUCAACAAGGGGAAGAAGACCAACAUCAUCGACUCCAUGCUGCGGAUGUUGGAGCAGUACUCGUCGAACCUGGAGGAGCUGAUCAGGGAGCGAACCGAGGAGCUGGAGAUCGAGAAGCAGAAGACGGAGAAGCUGCUGACACAGAUGCUGCCUCCGUCGGUGGCCGAGGCGCUGAAGGUCGGAGGAACAGUCGAACCCGAGCAUUUUGACUGCGUGUCGCUUUACUUCAGCGACAUCGUCGGUUUCACCACCAUCUCGGCCAACAGCGAACCCAUCGAGGUGGUCGACCUUCUCAAUGACCUCUACACGGUGUUUGAUGCCAUCAUAGGGAACCAUGAUGUCUACAAGGUGGAGACGAUCGGAGAUGCGUACAUGGUGGCGUCAGGCGUUCCCGUCCUGAACGGGAACCGCCACGCUGCAGAGAUAGCAAACAUGGCUCUGGACAUCCUGAGUGCUGUGGGGACCUUCAAGAUGAGACACAUGCCGGAUGUUCCUGUCAGGAUACGAAUCGGACUACACACAGGUUCGUGUGUAGCCGGCGUGGUCGGACUCACCAUGCCGCGUUACUGUCUGUUUGGAGACACAGUGACCACCGCCUCUCGGAUGGAGUCCAGCGGGUUGCCCUACCGAAUCCACGUCCACGAGGAUACAGUGAAGGUAUUGCAACACUUGAAUCUUGGCUAUAAGGUCGAGUUGAGAGGAAAGACAGAAGUCCAGGGGAAGAAAGUAGAAGAGACAUACUGGCUUGUAGGAAAGGAGGGAUUCACCAAACCUCUGCCAGUUCCUCCAGCUGUCAAGACUGGACAAAUGGCCCACGGGCUUCAGAUGGCCGAGAUCGCUCAGUACAAGAAAUCGAAAGCAGAAAAACUUCAGCAGGAGAAAAAUACAAAGAGGAGAAACUGAGGCAACGCAUUGGUGGUCAUACCUCCACACCUGAAAAAAAGAGAGACAUGUAGCCGACCACAGAAAAUCGGAGGCCUCUCCAUGGGAUGCUACUCUUCACUACUGACUAUUUUUUUGGCUGUUUUUUAUUUGGAUGAUCAAGCGGAAGUACUUUUUGCGUCCUUCCAAAAUAAAUACAUUUCUUUCAAAACUAUGUAAGGCAGCAAAAAAGCAAAAUAAAAGCAUUAAAAUUAAA